AUGUCGGCCGCGCGGCAGCGACUGUCCGCUGCCAUCCAGUCAAACCGCCGCUUGAUUCGCGCACUUGCUCGCCCCAACGAUCAGAUCUCGAGGUCGAUUGCCCCUCUGCCCUCUGCCACCGCCACCACUCCCGCGCCGUCGCACACACCACAGGCAUCGCCGGCAUCGCAAUCGACGCAUACAUGGCAGGCGUCGCGGGCAUCGCAUGCGUGCUGCAGCAGCACCCAUGCGCACAUACACUCCAGCAGCGUGGCUGCAGCAGCGGCGGGUGGCGGGCGGACGAGGCAGGCGAUGCAGGCGAGGGUGAGCGAGUGUGAGGUGCGAGCGCCGCUAAGGCCUGGCGGGCACAGCAUGGAGCACCUCAGAUGCUUCACCACGCCUGCAGCUCUGGCGUCGGCAUGGGGUUCAGCACCAAGGCCAGCAGCGGCAUCUGAAGCACCCUCUGCGCCUGCCUCGCACUCCACACCCGAUGACGCAGAAGAGAGCAUCGAGGUGACGUUUGUGCAGAGGGACGGCAGCGAGGCGGUGGUGCACGUGCCGCUGGGCACCAACAUGCUGCAGGCCGCACAUGACAACGAUAUCGACCUUGAAGGUGCAUGCGAAGCAUCACUCGCCUGCUCCACCUGCCACGUCAUCGUCAUGGACGAGGAGCAGUACAGCAAGAUGCCCGAGCCAACGGACGAGGAGAACGACAUGCUCGACCUCGCCUUCGGCCUCACAGAGACGUCGCGCCUUGGCUGUCAGAUCAUAGCGGCCAGGGAGCUGGAUGGCUUGCACCUGCUGCUGCCCGCAGCCACUGAGGACGUGCGCAUCUCCCGUCUCUCCCUCACCCCUACUGCCCCUGCUAACCCUGCCGUCCCUGCUAUCCCUGAUACCCCUGCCACCCCUGCCGCCCUUGCCGCACCUGCCACCCCUGCUGCCCCUGCCGCCCCCGCCACCCCUGCCGCUGGUACCGCUGCUGCUGCGGCUGCUGCACGUGGCUCCUCCACAGGUCGCGCCUGGGGUGCCAAGUGA